AUGAAAGAUGAAAGUAGAUCGUCACCGUUUAAUUAUUUCUUUUCUGUUGAUCAACGAAAUAUAAAGGCGACGAAUAAUUCUCGCACUGCAGAGCUGAUAUCCAUACCAGCAACGCCACGUGUAUCAACGCCGGAAAUACAGACGCCUUCAGGGCAGAGGUCACCGCGGCAGAAGUCGUCGACAGCAUGGACCAACGUCGUUUAUAUCCCCCAGGUUCUUGAGUCCAAUAGGGACUCCAUGAAGGGUUUGGUCAAUAUGAAAGGUUCUUGGAAGAAGUGGGUCAUCUCACAAGCUUACCCUCAAGAUGCUUGGCUUCCCAUCACUGAAUCACGCAAUGGGAACGCUCAUUACGCUGCGUUUCAUAAUCUCAAUGCUGGGGUUGGGUUCCAAGCUUUGGACUUGGGUAUAUUAUCCUUAACUAUAGCCUACUGUUGGCAACUUUACACCUUAUGGAUUCUGGUUCAGUUGCAUGAAGCUGUUCCAGGAAAGAGAGAAAGAUUAGGAGUUUGGCUUGCUCUCUUUCCAACAGUUUAUUUAUCAGCAGGAACUGCAACAGCUUUGAUUCUCAUAGGAGGGGAGACCAUGAAACUAUUCUUCCAGAUUGUUUGUGGCCCUCAGUGGCUCUCUCUUGUAGGAGCCGUCACAGCCAUCACAUACUCCACUAUGGUGUGGGUGCUCUCUGUUAGCCAACAAGACCACCCACAAUCUCUUAUGAACCUGUCUCAUUUCCAUCCUGCUGCUGCUUUCUUCUCAGUCAUGAAUGCACUCGGAAUUGUAGCCUUUGCAUUCAGAGGCCAUAAUGUAGUUUUAGAGAUUCAGGCAACAAUGCCAUCAACAUUUAAACACCCAGCUCAUGUGCCCAUGUGGAGAGGAGCCAAGGUUGCUUAUUCUUCAUCGCCACGUGCCUUUUCCCUGUUGCCAUUGGAGGCUUUUGGGCUUAUGGAAACCUUGAGGGAUUCUGAAUGCACUUUAUGGAUUUCACAGUCACCACAUAUCAAGAGGACUUCUUGCCUUGACUUUUCUUCUUGUGCUUUGAAGCUGGAUAUACUAGCCGUACUAACCGCCCUUGCUCGAUCUGGUUCGAUCUGGGUUUCGUGUUUUCUUCGGAUUUGUGUCCUUCUUCAUAGGAGUGGCACUACCAUUCCUUUCAAGCCUUGCUGGACUGUUGGGAGGACUCACUCUCCGGUUACAUUUGCUUAUCCUUGUUUCAUGUGGGUUCUAAUCAAAAGGCCUGCAAAAUACAGCUUCAAUUGGUACUUCAAUUGGAUCCUCGGUUGGUUGGGUAUUGCCUUCAGCUUGGUCUUCUCUAUUGGUGGCGUGUGGAGCAUUGCCAACAAUGGCCUCAAGUUGAAAUUCUUCAAGCCCAAUUAA